AUGACUAGCAAAAUAUCAGCAAGUCCUUCAGAAAUCCAUGCGGAUGAUACAAAGGAUAAGGAUUUUAGAAAAAAAGGCCCCCUAAGUGAUGAUACUGUAAGAAGUGAAUCAGAACUUUUGCUUGACCUAGGAUUAAUAAAUGAUGAUUCUCUUGUGAGUCAAGGGGAAAAAAUAACUAAAACUAUUACACAUGAUCAAAUAACAAGUCUUACUAUAGAUGUGGAAAGUUCUGCAGAUAAUUUAACUAAUCAAACAGCUAGAAACAAUACUAAUAAUGCACAAAUUCAGUUAUUAAGGGAAUCAUUUCCCAAAAUUUCUCACGAACAGGACAAGGUACAAGGUUUGUUGCAAGAAUUGUCUAUACCUGCUAAAGGAGAACCUGAAGAAGAAAAUGAUAGUGAAGAGGAUGGGGAAUCUAUUUCACAAAAUUUGAUACGAUUAUAUAAAAAAUAUCAAUUUGUAGAAAGCUUUGAAAAAAGAGUCAAGGAGAUCAUGAAUAGUAAUAGCAGGCUUAAUGAUCAACAAGCUAGAACCUGA